AACUGCUCACCGACACGCAACCAGCAGCCAGUCGAGUUGAUGAACCCGGUGGUCGCAUCUCGGAUUGACCUGCGUUUCACUUCUUCUGGUUUAUAUCGAUCUAAAGGAUUUUAGUCAAAAACAGGAGCGACAGCACGCUAAAGAGGUAACAUCUAUACAGAGCAGUUUGUCAACUUGUCAUUGUGGUGCAAACAUGACUGAGGUGGCGCAGAUUGCGGCUGUAGUCGCACACGACAUGGACGAUGUCACAAAUGAAAGUGAACUCAACAUGAGCGAUGCAGAAAACAAGGAAGAUCAUACGACACAUGAGGAAGACGACGUGGUGGUUGAUGAACAAGACAACGACGCAGCCGAGGAGAAAAGUGAGGAGACUUCACAUAUAGAAAACAAAGAGCCUUCCCACAAGAAUGAUGAAGAAAGUAUUGAGCCUGACAACAAGACACACAUGAACGGUGUGGAUCACAAGGAGAAGGACACAGCCGAUGAGAAAAAUGAAAGCUCAGAAGCUGUUAAUGGUGAAGAACAGGACACAGAGACGAAGGAGGAUGCAGAACCUGACACAAAUAAAGACCAGAGUAUUUCGGAUCUGGCACUAAAGAAAGAGAAACUCCUCCGAUCCAGAAAGCCGGUGGCUAGAAGCUACGUGCCAAACCUGAACAAAGACAAGGGGGAAGUGACGGGCAAGUUUGAGGCCAUGCAGAAGGCCAGGGAGGAGCGCAGCAGACAGAGGAACAUGAACGAGCAGCAGAAAAGGAAGGAGCAAUACAUCAAGGAGAGAGAGUGGAGUCGCAGGAAGCAGCAGAUAAAAGAACUGCUCGCUUCCAGUGAUGAGGAAGAAGAGGUGAAGCCAGCAAAGGUAGAAAAAUCCUACGUCCCCAAAAUCACAGGUAGUGUGAAGGGGAAGUUUGCAGUAAUGGAAAAACAAAGAGCAGAGGAAGAAAGGAAGAGAAUGGAAGAAGAGAGGAAGAAGAGGGAAGCCCAGGACAAUAUGGAAAAAGCCAAAAUAAAGAAAGAAUUGGCUCAGAAAGCAGCUGAGGAUGGAGAUGACACAAUCCUGGUACGAGUGGUUCCAGCGAAGUCAUCCCGACCUCCGGGCAGAAUCAAGCUGAACUUUGAAGACAUGGAGAAGAAUCGAGAGGAGGAAGUGAAGAAGAAGGCCGAGGAAGAGAAGAAGAGACGGUACGAUGAAAACAGACGCUCCUUCAGGGAUGCCAAGCGACGCUCGGUUGUUCAACAGGAGGAUGAGGAGGAGAAGCCUUCAGAGAAGGCGCAGGUGACUCCUGGAAAGCUGAAGAUGACAUUCGAGGAGCUGGAGAAGGAGAGGCAGGAGCACAGGAGGAAGCAGGCUGAGGAGGAAGCCAAGCGCCGCCUGAUAGACGAGAAGAAAGCUUUUGAGGAGGCCAGGCUGGGAAUGGGAGAAGAUGUGGAGGACACUCAGCCAGCUCAGGAAGACAAGGAGGAGUUCCGACCUGGAAAACUGAGGCUGAGCUUUGAAGAGCUGGAACGGCAGAGGGUAGAAGAAGAGCGCAAGAAAGCAGAGGAAGAGUACAAGAGACGAAUGGUGGAGGAGAGAAGAGCUUUCGCUGAAGCCAGGAAGAGCAUGCUUGUAGAUGAGGAUGACGAGGGGCUGAUGGCCUUACUGAACCUGGAGGGCAGUAAGCCCGGGAAGAUAUGCGCCAGUUUUGAGGAUCUGGAACGCCAGAGAAGAGAGGACGAGCAGAAGAGGGCAGAGGAGGAGGCCAAGAAGAGACUGGAAGAGGAGAAGAGGCUCUUCGCUGAGGCCCGAAAGAACAUGAGCUCUGGCCUGGAUCAGGAAAUGUCUGCAUAUGGAGAUGAAACAGUACAAGAUGAGGAAGAAGGGAUGGUGAAGAGUGAAUCUCAGGAAGCACUGCACCCUAGAAAACUGGAGAUGAACUUUGAAGAGCUACUGAAAGAGAAGGAGGAAGCUGAGAGGAGACGCAAGGCAGAGGAGCGCAAAAAGAAAAUGGAGCAGGAGAAGCAGGAAUUUGAACAACUCAGACAAGAGAUGGGCGAGGAUGUAGUGAAUGAAAGCUCAGAUGUUGUAAGCAAAGAGUAUGAAGAACUGACCAAGCUCAAGAGGACUGGCUCCAUCCAGGCUAAGGACCUCAAGUCUAAAUUUGAGAAGAUCAAACAGCUGACUGAAGAGGACAUUCAGAAAAAGAUUGAGAUGGAGAGAGCACGGAGGAAGGCCGUUGAUGAUGAAAUUAAAGAGAGAGAAGCUGAGAGGUUCCAGGAGGAGGAUGAGGAAAAACAAACAACUCCAGCGAAGGCCGAAGAGUCACCAUUCAAACAGAAGGUGGAUAUGAAAGCCCGAUUUCAACAAAUGGCCAAAGCCAGAGAGGACGAGGAGGAGGAGAAAAAAAAAAAAAAAAUAAAAAAAAAAAAAAAAAAAAAAAAUGCUGCCCUCCAAAAAAAGAAGGAGGAUGAUGUGGAGGACGAGGGUAGCAUCAUCAACGGCUCUGCGGCCUAUGAAGAUGAGGAGGAUCAUGCCAGAUCGGGGGCUCCGUGGUUUAAAAAGCCCCUUAAAAAUCAAUCAGUGGUGGACUCGGAGCCAGUUCGGUUCACCGUUAAGAUCACCGGAGAGCCCAAGCCGGAGGUGACCUGGUGGUUUGAGGGAGAGAUGCUCCAGGACUGUGAGGACUAUCAGUACAUAGAGAGAGGAGAGACAUACUGCCUCUACCUGCCGGAGACCUUCCCAGAAGACGAGGGAGAGUACAUGUGCAAGGCUGUGAACAGCAGAGGCACAGCAGCAAGUACCUGCAUCCUCACAAUAGAAAGUAAGACCACCUUGGUGUGAUUGCAUGCCUGCAUGAUACCUCCCAUCUGGAUUUCAACCUCUCUCUCUCUCUCUCUCUCUCUCUCUCUAUAAAGUGGAUCGCAUGCUCCUCUUCCUCGUGAACUCAGGCCGAUGUGGAUAACUGCUCUUCUGUUUCUUUCUUGCAGCUUAUGACUACUGAUGCCCUUCCAUGUUCUGGAAACUUUCCCAGUUGUCUCUCACUCCUUUUUAAAACUUUGUCCCUCAUGGUAUGGUCAAACAGCAGAGGGAAGAAAAUAGCAGUACGCUUGGCAUUCCUAAGGGAGGGAUACACAACACAAAAAAAAUGCGACAUGUUGUUUACGUUUGUAAAGCUGCACUCCCUGUAGAGUAGGAUGAUACUUGUGCCAAAAACAGACACGAUUCUUGUUCCCAUGCCAAGGGUUGUCUUUGCUGCGAGGCCCUUAUGAUAUUUGUGAGACUAGCAAUUUUUAAGUAUCAUAGUACUGUAUUGUAAAUAUCACUCUUUAUAGUCCAAACAUGGCAAACAUUAUGUUUGAGACAAUGAAAUGUAAAAAAUAAGAUUUGUACUAAUUUUAAAGAACAAGGUAAGGGAAUAUCAGUAAAACAUCUUGCUUCGGUAUUCUACUACUGCUCAAUAACUUUACAAUAUUAAUCAAUUUUCUGUACUCUUUGCCAUAUUACAGUAGUAAAUGGUAUUGUGAUACUUGUCAGGUAUUAUAUAGAGGGGUAACAUCGCUUAAUCAUCACUUAAUUAAAAUUCCACAGUGAAGGGUCUGUUGACAAUGAUAUUGCAAAAACAAAUCAGUUGAACUCACAUGUACAUCCUGAUUUUUAAUUAAACUCUUUUGGUCCAGAUUAAAUGUAAUGUGACUGCAGCAUCUAAAAAAGAUGAAUAUGUUCAUUUUUCAUGUACCAACCCCCUUUUCUUGUUUUGAGUUAAAUGUAAUACCCUUAAUACAGUUGUACUUAUUCAGUUGUGCUGGACAGUGGGUGACCGUUUUAUGGUUUGAUAAUAAAGUAAACAUAGGCCAGCCUGAAUAUUUGUCAUAUUAUAAAUGAAAAUGUUUUAAUAAAAUGAACAAAAAUAUUAGGGUAA